AUGGCUUAUGGCUUGCAAAGAAAGAAUGGAGUAGAAAAGCUUUUGCGGUGCAAUUGUUAUAAAGUACAGGAACCCUGGGAACUUGCACUGCUCACACAGACGUGGUACACGAAACUAGCCAACAUCAAGUUGCCUUUCUUGGAAGAAAUUGCAUUUGGUAGCUGUGUACACCUCAAAAAAUGCAAAACCAUUAAGGAUGGUCUGCUCCCUUCAGCAGAAUCCAUCCAAUGUGAAAGGGAGUAUGAAAUGAAGCGCUUGAAUAACCUGAAAUGUCAGGAAAAUGCAGCUAAGAAAAUUCAGUUUUCCCUAAGGGAAAGGCCAAUUGGUUUGAGAAGACCUCUUCCACCUAAGUGA